UCAGUGCGAGUGAUCACCAGCUUAAGGAUCAUUUUAAGUGCCUGUGGCUUUCUGUGUAGCAGUGUAGGAUGUUCCUGACUCACUGUAUGAUGGGAUGGAUUGUGUUGACAGCUCUUAGCUUCUGCCUGCCUGUGUGGAGCGCUACGAAAGUGACCCAGCCCUACAGAGUGGUCAGCACCAAUGGUGUGGCACAGAUUCAGUGUGUUAUUCAUCCACAAAGCCUGAAAUACCCAUACCCUGAGGAGGCCCGAGUCACUGUGCUGAAGGGCCUCCAUGGCCACCAAGAACUCUGCUUCUCCAUCCUUAACUUCACGGACCAGAGAGAGACACGUAUGGAGCAAAAAGAACAGGUGGAGUGCACUGCUGAGACCACACAUGACACUGUGGAGGUGACACUCUCUGGACUGAAUGCCACUGACACAGAUAUGUAUCGCUGUGAAAUACAGAUCUUCUACCCACCACCGUACCUGCGGCUUAUUGGCAAUGGCACACUCAUUCAUGUCCUCGACAGCUCCAGCUGCCCCGUGCAGGAAACUCAGAGGCAAAGUCAGCACCAGGGUGAAGAAGAGGGAGAUGAUGAUAACACGGCACCUGUCAGUGUUCCUGUGGUUGUCCUGGUGAUCGCAAUCAUUUGUGUCUUAAUCAUCAUCAUCUACUUCCAGACUGUCCAAUGUGAACGGGGGAGGAGAGAAAUGCUGAGGCCGUGGCCUGGCACGCUUCAUAAGGUGGACGGAGCUUCAGGUCCAUGUGAAAACAUCGUGUGUAACAUGUGAACGCUGAUGGUGGAGCUAUCGUGUGCAGGGCAGAUUUUUCUUUGGCUCAGAAGCGUUAGAAUAAUAUUAUUGCUUCUACCUAGUGAGCGGGGUGGGGAUGAUCAUUUUCACCUCUUUGACGACUGAUGAAAAACACCAA